CCUCUUCGCCACACACGUGCAGCUCCGGAGGAAUUUUGUUUCGUUUUCAAUUCUUAUUUUUACACGAUUUAAUAAUUGUUACAAUAAAGUGCAAUGACCAAUAAUGCGAAGAAGGAACCCCAGGGAGGGGGCAAGCAGCAGUUGCACAAUGUUCGCUUCUACACGAUAAAACCGCGUGGUAUUGUUAGUCUGGCCUACAGUAAAGCGAGCAAGUGCCUCGCUUUAAGUCGCGAAUCCCCUGUCAUUGAGUUGUGGAAUCUGGAGCACACUCCCUAUUUGGAUAGCGUUAUCCAUCUGCCUCCCGAUUCUCCAGCGGAAUCUUUGGCUUGGGCGGGAAGUCGUCUGUUUUCCGUAAACCUUACCGGUGUCCUCACAGAGUGGGAUGUGAUUAACCUUAAACCACGUUAUGAACACUCACCCACUGGAAAUGCCCUCUGGAGUUUGGAUGUAAACCCUGCAGAAACGGAAAUUGCUGUGGGUUCCGAGGAGGGUCAUAUCAACAUCCUGAGCAUCGAGAAUGACGAAAUUACCUACAAGACCCUUUUUAACAAACAAAAAGGUCGUGUUCUCUGCAUAAAGUUUGAUAAGACAGGAACAAAACUGGUGACCGGCACCGAAGGAUGUGUUCGCAUCUGGAAUGCCCUCAAGGGAACCAUUCUCCACACAAUGACUCUAUCGGAUAAGGACGUAAUCGUUUGGUCCCUGCAGGUCCUAUCGGAUAACACAAUUAUUGCUGGCGAUUCAGCAGGAUUCAUUACCGUUUGGAAUGCAGAAAAUGCCACGCAGAUCGAUUGCACGCGAGUUUUGGACAAAAAUGUGUUUGCUUUGGCAGUAAAUGAGAAGGAGGAUCGAUUGGUUUGCAGUGGAAUGCAGCCUCCUCUCAUUCGGAUUUUUAGUAAAACCAAGAUAAAGCGUGAGGAGUCGACCAGCGAACGUUGGAUCAAGUUUUUGCAACGCGAUGCACACAAACACUAUGUUAAAUCACUGGUGGUGAUAGAUGGACAGAUUUUUUCUGGAGGAUUGGAUGGCAUAUUGACUAUAACCUCCAGCGAAAGGAUGCAGGCUCAUCUGUCGCAGCAUGCACCCUUCCUUAAGGGAUCUGUAGCUUCAUUGGCUAUUAGUGAAAAACUUUUGCUUCUACGAUAUCCCAACAGUCUACAUCUUUGGCGCUUGGGUUCUGUGUUUCCUCAGGACGAGGAAAAGAAGAAGCCUUGGGAACAGCCACUUGGACACUCGGAAGAACUCCUUUUGGAACAACCUCCCCAGAAACUCCUUCAGAUGAAUGUCAAAGAUAAAAACUUUAUACAGGCUGCAGCAAUUUCACCCGAUGCAAACUGGAUUUGUUACUCUACCUUGAAGGAGCUCCGUCUUAAUCGUUUGAAGAGAGAUCCCUUGAAAGUAGAUCGUCUGGCGGACAAUCUGCCCGAGGAACUUAAGCCGGCCAGCCACAUAAUCUUUACAAAGCAAGGACGCCUUGCGUUGCUGCAUCCCCAAAGCAAUGUCCUAAGUUGGUUUAGUUUGAAAGAGGAUCGGGUUAUCUUUCAAGCUGACACUGAUCUAAGUGAUCAUUGCAAGGGUACCAUUAACCAUCUAGUGGUUUCUUUAGACGGUGAUUACAUCGUGGCUGGAACAGCUAACAAGUUAAUAUCGGUUUGGAAACUGCACGGCAAAAAGUACAAGCAUCUGCUGAAUUUACCAAGACAUCGAGCAGGAACCACCGCCCUAUCCUUGCACGAGGAUCAUCCACGCGUGGUGGUUGCCUAUGCCAAUGGUCAGAUAGUGGAGUACGACCUGGUCAACCGGAACUUUACCUGUGAAACUGAUGAGUACCUGAUACCGGACACCAGGCACCACUGCAUUAGUGGAAUCAGCUUGGAUCCGAGGAACCCAAACAUUUUUAUAGUUCACACCGAAACCAAUUUAUAUGUGCUGGAGCGAAAUCAGCAUCUAGAGUCGAGGGAGCAUGUGAUCAAUAGCAAGUCAAAGAAGUUGUCGAAUGGACAUCGAUCCUUGGUUGAUAUCAAUCCAAAGGGUUUGAGCCUUAAGACCCAGUUGCCACGACAGCACCUGGUACACGUGUCUCGCCUGAGCUCUAACGAACUUGUCAACGUCAGCAUUUCGACAAACAAUCUGUUGGCUCCGCUGCCGCGGCCGUACCAGCGGAAGAAGUUUGGUGCCUCGUAAACGGAGCGCAGCAGGAUAAAGUGACGUGGAGUAAGGGGUCUCCACUUUGGGUUUACCCAGUAGUUUCCACUUAGUUACCAAAUAAAAUCAAAAGAAGA